AUGGGUGGCAGCGCAUCGCGUGCGCGCGAGCCGUUUCUGGAGGACAGAUCUGACCCGCUGAGAUGGCUGAGGCGCGUGCGUGACGGGUGCUGCAAGUGCACAGUGUACUGCGUCGCAGCGCUGCUUUUGGUCUUUUGUACCUACCUGGCGCUGCUGUCCUGUAUCACCUUCAUCCUUUCCGAG